GGCACCUGGACCCUGUCUUUCUGCCAGACUUUUAUUUCCAAAGUUGAAGGUUUCACCAGUGCCAGGUGCUCAGUUUCCCACCCUGUUGGGAGAGCCACGCCUGACCAAGAAACCACUGACGUGUCACCUUUCCAGGCAGAGUCCAAAACAGAGUCCACGGUAAGGAGAAGAAACAUCAGGGUAAUGGACACCUCUGCCUUGUGGUGUGUCUUUUUCCCCCUCCUCAUUUGGGACUGCCCUUCAGGAUGUGCUGAGGAGACCCCCACGCCUCCUGAAGUCACUGGAGGCGCAAAGAAACCUGUGCUUUUGAAAGAUACUGCAGCCACAUCAGCUUUCAUCAGUGCUGCUGAGGUGGCCGUCAUUGGAUUCUUCCAGGAAUUAGAGAGACCAGAAGUUUCAAACUUCCACGUUGUGGCAGAAAAUAUCCAGGAGGUGCAGUUUGGACUCAGCACCAACCCCGAGGUGCUGUCUCAUUAUAACAUCACAAGCAAUACCAUCUCCAUCUUUCGCCUGGUGGAUAACAAACGUCAAGAUCUGGAAAUCACUGAUGGCAAAGAAAUCGAUGUUACCAAGAUGAGCCGUUUCAUUAAGAUCAAUGAGCUGCGACUGGUGACAGAGUACAACCCUGUGACUGCAAUAGGUCUGUUCAGCAGUCUGGUCCAGAUUCACCUCCUCCUCUUCACCGACAAGAGCUCCCAGGAGCAUACAGAGCGAAUGCACAGAUACCGGGAAGCAGCGGAACUCUUCCGAGGACAGAUUCUUUUUAUCCUGGUGGACAGCAAUGUGAAGGGCAAUGGACGUGUGAUGUCGUUCUUCAACCUGAAGAAGUCCCAGCUGCCAGCUCUGGCUAUAUUCCAUACCCCAGAUGAGAAGCAGGAUGUGCUGCCCCUGGAUGAGGUCUCAGUGGAGCAUGUACGGGACUUCUGCAAUGGCUUCUUAGAGAGAAAGCAAAUGAAAGAAGAUCCCAGCCCAGAGGAGAAGACGGAGCUCUGACUCCCCUCUGAGUCACCUGAUAGAACACCGUGGAAAACUGUGCUCAGUGCCCCUGCACUCAGUGUAAGAAGCAUUCACUGUGUCCCAACAUCUCUGGAGGCCCUGGGACAAUGAGAAUACGAGGCCAAGUCAACCAUGAUCAACCUUUCUCCAUUCCAUUUACAUAGUUGCUCUUUCUCCUUUUUAGGUAUCUCUGUCUACUUCUCACUUGCCAGGUCAGCCCCCUCUCAUCGUAAUGCUCCAGGAGCCAUGGCACUGUACUGCAUUGGUCCUUCUGGGCUCCCACUGUCAGUUGCCAUAGGUAGCACAAGGGGCAAUAUGAUGAAACUGCAGUGUCAAAAACAUGCUUUGCAGUUUAUGCAGAGAUGGGCAUGUCUGUUUCCCUGAUGACUCUGUCUCAGCCCCCUUAAUUGGUACCCCGUUGAGAUUCCCUUAUAUCCAGUGCUUUUUUUUGUAAAAAAAAAAAA